UAAUUCACCUCAACGUAACAUCUCUUGAUUCUAAGGAGAAAAUUAUAUACAACCGAGAAAAAAAAGAGGUUAGUUGAAUCCUUUUCCCCGAUUGAAGUAACUGCUAGUCCACUCUCCAGUUAAGUCUAACACAUUUGACUCUGAAAUUGCAACUUAGGUCAUUCUAUAGUUAACCUUCUUUGCAUCGAAGAGAAGUAAAUGUACCUGGAAUUGAAUUUACUUUUUUAGAUACUGCAAAAAAAGAGGACUAAUUCAACCUGUUAUACUUCAGAGCUAACAUCAACUAAUCAUGGGACUCUUAUCGAAGUUUAGAAAUGAUAAAGGUGCCAAGCGGACAAAUUCCCAUAGUAGAACAAACACAGCAACCAGCUCUUUGGUUGGUAGUGAUUUCCUGACUACGGCUUCCGAUUCAUCUCAUUCUUCCACGGAAACUCCCUCUUCUACCUAUCAUGAUAAGGGUUUAAAUCAAAUGCAAAAAUCUCCUCGUAUUAAUGAUGGGAUUCCUCGUCAUCUUAAGCCUAGUCGUAUGAAUCAACCGGUUGCUAUGAGAAGAAAACCACCACCGGAAGGGGUUGAAACUUCUGUUCAAAGUCCUCGUACUCCUCCACCAACUCAACAACAAUUUCAAUCGAAUGGGAAAUUCCAAUCCCGUAUUAAUCACCCAACUUCUUCCAGUAAUGGUGCCGGAGAUUAUCCGAUCAAUCCAUUGAUCUCUCCUAAAAUCAGAAAGCAACCAUCUCCUCCUGCAAAUGGACACCUGAAGAAUAGUAGUUAUUCCAAGAGUCCAUUGGGGAGAGAACAAGAAAAUGAAGAAGGAAUGAAUGCACCAUACUCUCUUGAUCCUUCAACCGGUAAGCCAUCUGAUGUAUCCAUGAGAUCGAUUAGUAACACUUCGUUUGGGAACAAUACUACAGACUCAACAUUUUCAAGCUCUAGUGAACUUGAUGAACAAGAUGGAAAUAACCUCACUUUGUCCAGUAUGGAUCCUCUGAGAAUUCAACAGAAUCUGUACACUCCUCAACAUCUUCCACAUCCGGUGGAGAGUGACACACCAAAAUCAUUGAGUUCAAGAAGUUCCCUGGCUAAUCUUUAUCAAGGAUAUGCUCCACAACAAUAUCCACAACAACAACCUCCACAUGGAUAUUACCCGGGUAUGGGUAUACCACCACAGCAACAUGUUCCAGGAUAUCCACAAAUGCCAUACUUUAACCAAAUGUAUGCACAAGGAGCUGGGUAUCCUGGAGGCGCACCAUACUAUGGAGAACCUCAAUAUUCUGCACCAUCAACCCCUAGAAUUCAAAGUCGUAGAGCUUCAACUACCCUGUUGAGUUACACUCACCCAGAUAUGUAUGGUCCUAACCCUGAUGCCAUGUCCAGAAAAUCAACUAUCACUUCGAAUAGACACAGUUCUGCACCUUCAUUCGUGGGAAAGAGCCGUGCAACUUCGUCAUAUAAUUUGAAUGGUGUUACUGAAGAUAAACUUUCAGAAGAGGAUGAAGAAAAGAAGAAGAGUUUGAAAUCUUCUUCAGGGACAAUCUCGCAAGAUAUGCUGGAUUUAAGUUUAAAUCCAACUAAUUAUAGAUAUAUUUCUGAUUAUGAUCGUUAUUUCUUUGAUGGUAGUGACAAUGAGGAUAGUAAGCAGCCUCCAGAAGAGGAUGCCAAGUUGGAAACUUCUAGAAAAUCUUCGACUUCGUCAUCGGCUUCAUAUAAUUCCAUUGAAAGAGGAUCAUCUGGAAAAUUCAAAGUUGGAUCAGCCUCUGAACGUUUAGAACGGAUUCAAACAUUGUCAAGAAGUAACAAAACCCUGCCAACCAAACAGCAGGCUGUCGAUGAAGCCGCAAGAAGAUUAAGCAGAAAUAGUAGACGUGCCUCUACUUCGGUUUUGUCUUCCAAUGCUCAAGCACCUUAUGAUAUGGGCAGCCAUGCUGGAUCAGUUCAAGACUUUAAUUCUGUGGGUUAUCCACCAAACCGAAUGGGUAUGAUGAAAUCCCAAUCUAUGGAACCUUUCAUGAUGGCCGGUAUGUCUCCAGGAAUGUACAAUGGCGGUAUGGCAAAUUAUAGUAAUGAAUAUAUCUCGGCUCAAAAAAGACACACCAUGGGAAUGAUGGAUCAAAGACGCAACAUGAUGCCAAUGGGAUAUGGACAAUAUGCUCAACCACCAAUGAUGCAUUAUGCGUCCCCAAUGGGAAAUCAAAGUCGUAGUACAUCCCCACAUAGACAAAUGAUGGGUAAUAGCCAACCCCAUGACUCAAUUUUGAACAAAAAGAUUGAAAAUUAUAUUUCAUUACGUCGUAUAAUUGCUUCUGGUAACAAGACAUUGGAAUAUAGAUUGAAAUGGGUUAAGAUGCUUGUUAACUCAACUAAUUCCAAAUUGUACAUGUAUAUCAACAUUAAGGGUGAACCAAUUAAUCCAGAAUCUAUUGCACAACAUAGAGAAUUAUUCAUCAAAUCAUCAACUAAUCAUACUCUUAAAUUAUUAAGAGAAACUGAAAAUAAAGAAAAAUAUGAAGAAAUUUAUUCUGAAGUUUGUUAUAUUUAUGGUUGUUUCCUUAAACAAGAUUAUGUUGAAUUAUAUGAACAAGAUUUCAAUAUUGAAAAGAAUGUUGAUGAAGCAUUAAGAUAUUUUGAAAAGAGUAUUGAAGUUAGAGGUAACAAUUUCAAGAGUUUCUAUAAAUUAGGUGAACUUUAUGAAGAUGAACUUUAUGGGAAAUUUGAACCAAAUGAAGGAGAAGAUUUCAUUGCAACUGCCUUGAAUUAUUAUAAACAAUCUGCUCAAUAUGGAUAUAAUAAGGCAAUUUUCAGAAUUUCUUUACUUUAUUUGAAUAAUGCUGAGCAUAGAUCUCCAAAAUGUAUUAAAUAUUUGGGAGAUUUAGCCAAUGUUGAUACUAAUUCCAAAGAAAUUCAACUUGAAGAUGACGAUAGAGAUGAAUUAGAUCAUGUUAUUGGUAAUGCUGCUUUUCAAAUGGGUAGAAUUUAUGAAGGUCUUUAUCCUGGUGAACUUACAUCUGAAAGCGAAUUUGUUAUUAAAUGUUUACAAAUGGCUCCAGUUAAUUGGGGUAAAGCCUUAACUUAUUAUAACAAGGCAGCAAGACUCAAUUGUAUUCUUGCCCAAGUCAGGCUUGCAAAGGUUUAUGAGAACGGUGAAUUAGAUCGUCAACAAAACCCCAACAAAUCUAUUCAAUGGUUUAUGAAGGCUUCUUCCUCUCCAAUUUCUUCAAUGAGAAAUUAUGAAGCGAUGUUAGGAUUGUCCCGUUGGUAUAUGAAGGGAAGCAAUGGGUUAAACCGGUCUAUUCCGUACCCAGACCCACCAAAGGCCUUGCUUUGGUGUGAACGUGCAUUGGCAUCCAAUUCUGCUGAUGCCUUUUUUGCUCGUGGAUUAUUAGCAGAACAAGGAUUAGGUAUUGAACCUGCACAACAAUUCUUUGAGGCUGCUUAUGAACUCGGCCAUCAAAUAGCUGGCCAAAGAUUGGGGUUGGUUUCAGAUGACGAACCAGAAGAACCAAUUCCAGAAGAAUCUUAUGAGUAUGAUCUUCAGGAAGAAUUCAAGGUUGAUGAAUCUAUCAGUACCCCACAUUUAAGUACUCAACAAUUAGAUUGAGGAAAGCAUGUGGCAAAAAUAAAAAUGAAAGAAUAAUUUUUUUUGAACGAAGUUGCUCAGGAGCAGAAACACUUAAGCACAACCAUAUAAGCAUUUAAUUUAAUUACAUUACAAAAUAAA